AAACCCCAGCAGCACAGCAGAGCGUGGGGCAGCCGGAGCCAAGCCGAGGGCAGGGGCAGCAGAGGAGGAUGGAGGCUCACAUGAACCUCCUGCACGACGUGGGCAUCCGGACAACGCACUGGCUGCAGCAGCACUUCCAGGGCUCCCAGGACUGGUUCCUCUUCAUCUCCUAUGCUGCUGACCUCAGGAAUGCUUUUUUUGUCCUCUUCCCCAUCUGGUUCCACUUCAGUGAGGCAGUGGGCAUCAGACUCAUCUGGGUGGCUGUGAUCGGAGACUGGCUCAACCUUGUCUUCAAGUGGAUCCUCUUCGGAGAGAGACCAUACUGGUGGGUCCACGACACGGACUAUUACAACAACAACUCUGCCCCAGAGAUCCAGCAGUUCCCGCUCACCUGCGAGACUGGCCCUGGGAGCCCGUCUGGCCAUGCCAUGGGCGCAGCAGGUGUGUACUACGUCAUGGUGGUGGCCCUCCUCUCCGCUGCUGGUGGGAAGAAGCAGUCAAGGACAUUCGGAUACUGGGUGCUGUGGACGGUGCUUUGGACGGGGUUCUGGGCAGUUCAGGUCUGCGUCUGCCUGUCUCGAGUCUUCAUUGCUGCUCACUUCCCCCACCAAGUCAUUGCAGGUGUUUUCUCAGGGAUGGCUGUGGCCAAGACCUUUCAGCAAGUCCACUGCAUCUACCACGCCAGCCUCCAUCGGUACACGGGCAUCACCUUAUUCCUCUUCAGCUUCACCAUUGGUUUCUACCUGCUGCUGCGGGUGCUUGGCGUGGACCUGCUCUGGACACUGGAGAAGGCACAGAGGUGGUGCAACCGCCCUGAGUGGGUUCACAUCGACACCACCCCCUUUGCCAGCCUCCUCCGUAACCUGGGUGUCCUCUUUGGGCUGGGGCUGGCUGUCAACUCCCACAUGUACAAGAAGAGCUGCCAGGGGAAGCAGGGCCAGCAGCUGCCCUUCCGCCUGGGCUGUGUCGUUGCCUCCCUCAUCAUCCUCCACAUCUUUGACGCCUUCAAGCCACCCUCCCACAUGCAGCUGCUCUUCUACGCCCUCUCCUUCUGCAAGAGCGCAGCCGUGCCGCUGGCUACUGUCAGCCUCAUCCCCUACUGCCUCUCCCACCUCAUGGCCACACAGGACAAGAAGGCUGCCUAGGGCGUCCCUGCAGGUAAUUGUGCCCAGGCAAGUGGCCACCCUAGCCCUGGUCUCAGGGGCACCCACUAGCCCUGGUGCACCCCAGCCACUGUGUGCUCCCUGCUGAUUUUGCACUGGGAGUGGACUGUGGAGGCUGGGCAGGCGGCGCUGCCGGGUGGCUCCCACCACACAGACCCACAGACUCAGUUGUGCCCUUGCUGAUGGCACAGCGAGCCUUGCACUCCCAGGACUCCCCUGCUGCCCCUCCUGCACCCACGGGUGGAGGUCACCUGCCUGGGACCCAGCAGCAGCGGUGGCGAGAUCCUGCACUCCCUCUGCAGCUCAUGGGGACACGCCAGCUCCGCACUGCAGGGCUGGGGACAGCACCACCGGGAGCAGGGUGCUCACCCCUGGGUGCCUGGGGUCUGCUGGCAAGGCAGCUCUGUGACAGGAACGGGCAGACACUGUGACAUGGAGAUAAAGUGCCAGCAUGAGGGACCCUGCAGCCCUGGGGCGUUGGGUGUUCGCUGCUGUGAUGCAGCGUGGGGUGAUUGUACACCUGUGUGUGUACAUAUGUUACACGUAUCUAUACACACAUGACAUGGGGGUGUGGCUGUGCACAGGAGGUGUUUUAUUAAAGCUGAAGGUGUGUUUA